CCUUUUUUUGCAUUUCUUCCAGUAAACCACCAACACCAUCAUGGCUGCGUGCCAUCCAGUUCUAGUCGGGCUAGCCGUGCUCUCUACCGUGAUAGUUCUAGUCAACGGCUACACAGCCGCCAUAUCCAGCGAAGAUACCUACACCAGCUAUCGGCUACCGAAGGCCUUCCAUCCGGAGCACUACACCCUGCAGGUGCUGACCCAUCUGGGCGACGAGAAUGGUUUCGCCUUCUUCGGCAAUGUUCUAAUAAGGAUGGUUUGCGAUGAGGAUGCCUCCAACAUCACGCUGCACUCCAAGAAUCUCAACCUGACGGAAAGCGCAAUCCAACUAGUUGAACUUCCUCCGUCGUCGUCGUCCGGUAGCGAAAGCUCCAAGCCGCUAGAGAUCAAAAAAGUUCAGUACAUUACCGAUAACGACUACGUGGUUUUCCAUACCGGGGAAACGAUGAAGAAGGGCCUCCGUUACGAGCUGUCCAUUCUAUUCCAGGGUGCUUUGGGAACCGGCUUACUGGGUUACUACCGCAGCAGCUAUAUGGAUCAGAAGUCUCAGAAAAAGGUAUGGCUCUCAGUUACCCAGUUUGAGCCAACCUAUGCUCGUGAGGCGUUCCCUUGCUUCGACGAGCCGGAAAUGAAGGCGACCUUCGACGUUUCUCUCGGCCAUCACAAGAACUUGACUGCCCUCAGUAACAUGCCAGUCAACCGGACGGAACCGAUGACUAGCCCGGCCGAUUGGGUGAUGGACCAUUUCGAUACGACGGUUCCGAUGUCAACCUACUUGGUGGCCUAUUCGGUUAAUGAUUUUGAGUAUCGCGAAGCUAUGACCCACGAGGAAGGUGAUGUGUUGUUCAAGAUUUGGGCUCGUCGCGAUGCCAUCGAUCAGGUGGAUUACGCUCGGGAUGUUGGACCUCGAGUGACUCGCUUUUACGAGGAGUACUUCGAUGAGAAGUUCCCGCUGCCCAAGAUCGACAUGAUUGCUAUUCCGGAUUUCUCCGCUGGUGCCAUGGAAAAUUGGGGUUUGAUCACCUACCGGGAAACCGCCCUGCUGUAUCAUCCGAAUAUUUCAACCGCCAGUAACAAACACCGUGUGGCUUCAGUAAUUGCUCAUGAGUUGGCCCAUCAAUGGUUCGGCAAUCUAGUUACGAUGAAGUGGUGGACCGAUUUGUGGCUGAAUGAAGGAUUUGCUACGUAUGUGGCCAGCUUGGGAGUAGAAUAUUUGCACCCUGAAUGGCAUGCCCUCGAGGAAGAAUCUGUCGGUAAUGCUUUGGAUAUCUUCAAGUUCGAUUCUUUGAUCAGCAGCCAUCCAGUUUCGGUUGAAAUUGGACACCCAAAUCAGAUUUCACAGAUCUUCGACGCUAUAUCCUACGAGAAGGGUUCAACGGUCAUCCGCAUGAUGCAUUUGUUCCUAGGAGAGGAAACUUUCCGUAACGGUGUUCGGCUUUAUCUGAAGAAGCACAAAUACGGCAACGCCGAGCAGAACGACCUCUGGGCUGCCUUGACCGAAGAGGCACACAAAAACGGUGUCCUCCCAGCUGAUAUCGAUGUCAAAACGGUAAUGGACUCGUGGACUCUUCAAACUGGCUAUCCAGUAGUUACGGUUAACCGAAACUACGACAACAAAACAGCUGAACUCAGCCAAGUUCGAUUCCUCUCGGACCGUGAUCAACAGCAAAACUUCACUGACUAUUGUUGGUGGAUUCCCCUGACCUAUGUUACAUCGGAAAACCCCAAUUUCGAAGAUACCGCCACCAAGGAUUGGAUGAAGUGUGGACAAAGUGAUUCGAGAAAGGGUCCACUGAAAGUAGUUCGCAAUCUUCCAGGUAAAGACGAAUGGGUGUUAUUCAAUGUUCAGCUAGCGGGUCUGUACAAGCUCAAGUAUGACAAACAAAACUAUCGGCUUAUCGUCAAACAACUGAACAGUGAAAGCUAUAAUACGAUUAGUCUGGCCAAUCGUGCUCAACUUAUCGACGAUGCCAUGGAUUUGGCUUGGACUGGAUCACAAGAAUAUGGAAUUGCUUUUGCCAUGAUCAACUAUCUCCACCAGGAGGUAGAGUUUAUUCCAUGGAGAGCAGCUCUCAGAAAUUUGAACACAUUAAACCGACUGCUGAAACGAACCCCCGUUUAUGCCGUAUUCCGAAGUUAUAUUCAAUUCAUUCUCGAACCAAUCUAUGACCGCUUGAAGAUCUUCGAUGCCAAUCGGCCUGCGAGUGAUCGACUGGACGCCACAAAACAAGUCGUACAAAUCGCAGGCUGGGCUUGCAAAUUCGACGUAGGAGAUUGUGGUGAUCGCUCGAAGGCAUUGUUCGCUGAAUGGAUGGCCGUCGAAGAUCCAGAUGUAACCAACCCUAUACCACGAGAUCUGCGCUCUGUCGUCUACUGUAACGCAAUUCGCAAUGGAAAGGAAGCCGAAUGGAAUUUCCUGUGGCAACGAUACCUCAAGAGCAACGUAGGAUCUGAGAAGAUUACGAUCAUUGGAUCUUUGGCUUGUACCCGCGAAGUUUGGCUGACUGAGAGGUUCCUUCUUUGGUCGCUCAACAGUACCUCAGGUGUUCGCAAGCAGGACUCCGUCAUAGUAUUCGCAAAUGUCGCCAAGGCCGAUGUUGGAUUCCAUCUAGCGAAAACUUUCCUGCUAGAAAAUGUCGAAGAAAUCUAUAACUACUUAGCUCCUGACACCUCACGACUGUCCCGUUACCUCAAGCCUUUGGCUGACCAAAUGUCCACCAUGAAGGAGCUUACCGAACUUAAGGACCUGAUCGAGAAAAAGCAAAACAUCUUUGCCAAGGCCACCCAAGGAGUGAAACAAGCGCUCGAAACGGUGGAAAUCCACACCCAGUGGAAGGCGAUUAACUAUCAGCAAAUGACACGAUAUCUGCCGCUCCUCAACUACCGUUCAUCCGGACUGGACGUGAUGGAGCUGAUUGGCAAUUAAGAAAACGAGAGCUUUGGUGUAUCAUCAUCCCAACAACAACAACAACCCGUUUCGAUAUUCGAAGAAUUUGUGAGCUCGUUAAAAUGUAUUCUUUAAUGUUAGUGUUUGUCGUAUGACGCAUCGCGUUAGCAAUUCAUUUCUUGUUGUUACUUACUACUUACCUACUAUAUCACGUACUACGAUGUGUUUCGAGAACAAAUUGUUUUAAAUUAUGAAUAAACGUGGACUGUUGCAGGUCCUCAUUUUAAAACUGUGAA